AAGAAAAUAAACUUUUGGUGUAUUGAAGGUAUCUAAAUUCGAAAAGGAUUAUGCAUAGAGCAGGUUGUGGCUUAAUUACACGAUCACCAUAUAAAAAAUUUAAACGCGUCUUUGAGGCGCGCUUUCUAGCAAGUCCUUUUUGAGUCCCCGUGAUUUGCAAUAUUUUUUUCCCUUUCUCUUUUUCUGUGCAAAAUGUAUUCCCCAAGAAGAACGAGAGCAGAUGACUAUGAGGGAAUACCUAAAACGCCAGAAAGAACAAUUGCCUCACCUUUGAGAGCUAUUGCUUCACCUUUGUUUGAAGCUGUAAAGCACUAUAAAGACACAGCAACACGAGACUUUGAUCGCUUUUAUGGAAACUUACAAGCUACUCUAUCUCCUAGAACAAGUGAAUCUCGUAUUCGAAAAAGAACUCUGGACACACAGGAUAGAAUAAGGUCUAUUCAAAGACAAAAAAAAAGUGAUAAUCAUGACCGCACUCGAACUUCUUUAACUCCUCUUAUUGAACGACAUUCUUUGCGUGAGGAUGCACGAGCAAAAUAUGAUUAUCCUAGUCGUAAUCCUUUUUAUCAAGAUAAUGAAUCAGACAUUGCUGAAACACCCUCUUUGGUCGAAUACGAUAUUGAAGAUUCACCAAAUACACAUAUUUAUCAGCCAACUAAGGAUUCAUUGCCCAACAGGCGUAUGAGUUCUCAUAGACUACAGAGACAAUUGCUUGAAGAGAGACAUCGUAUGGAUCGAUUACAAAAGAACCUAGCAAGAAUCAAAAGACAAUCUUCAUUCUUGGCUGAUGAAAUUUCUUCGACCAUGUCAAUUGAUGACAGCUAUCAAGGCAUCGAUGAAGAUGUCUCUAUAAGGUCACCUUUAAAAAGAAAGAAAGAGGACGAAGAAGAAGAAGAAGUCUUUUCCAAUUCUUUUAAGCACCGAAUUUCUUUAUUCAGUCAAAAAGAAGCUCAACCAUCCACCAGUCGCCACCCACACUCUGUAUCAGUCAAAUCUAAUACAAACCAACAAUUAGCCACCCCACCUCAAUCUAUUGAUUAUUAUCAUAAAAACACCCCUUCCUCUCUGUCUAGAAAAGCUUCUGCAUCUCGUCUUCAUGUGUCCCCAAAACGCAAUGUAAUUGAUGAAAUCAGCACCGCAAAGUUGAGAUCUACAGAAACCAUUAGCACACCUGGAGGAAGCCGUGUCAGUAACCGUUUUUGGAGAGAAAUCCAUGGUUUGAAUGCAAGAAGAGAAAUCCAUUCACCAGGUAUUGCAAAUGGCAGAAUCAGCAAACCAACACCAAAGCGUAUUUCUACAUUCCAAGAGGGCGAUAAAAGAAAAGAAACGUCAGUGUCUCAAACAUGGGCAAAUGAUGAUGGGUUUUGGUCUGCAGAAAGUAAUAAUGCACCUGCCCCAAGUGCACUCAAUAGCAAAUUGUUAGAAGUAGCUGAACAAGAAAAGAGUCAUUCACCUUCACCAAUAAGAAAUGCAGUCAAAAAUAACCUUUUUGAAGAUCAAAAUCAACUCACUAUGGAAUCAGCUUCUUCUCCUUCAGAUGAUGCUACUGUACAUAGCCUUUAUAAAAAUCCUUUGUUUAAAGCAGCUCAACAACAGACAACUAGCUUAUUAGACGAACUUGAAUCUGCCAAAAAGCGUGAUGAAGAAAUACGAAAGAGAAAUAAUAUACCAGCCAUGAACAAUAAUCUUCUUGCUGAACUUAAAGCAAAGCAUCGAGCCAAGUUUAUUGAUGACUCAGAUUCCUACAAGUUUUCAUAAUCCACACAUUUAUACACACUAUAAUAAAACUCAUGAUUCAUGCUAGUAUUUGUGUUACUUUU